CCUUGCCACGCCACCGGUCCCUCCUGAGUGCGAUGCGCGAUCUCGGUUUCGAAUAAUCUUCAGAACAUGAUGCGAGUCUUCCUCCUCGCACACACCUCCUGGAUACCAGCUGUGCCGUCAUGGACCGUUUCCGCUUUCGCCUGAACUGCAUCGACAAUUACCAAGCGGCACCAACAGACCUCGACCCUCCUCUACGGCGCAAAUAUGGUCCCGCGGGUCGCUUGGACGCGCCACAAGUCCCGGUAAUUCGAGCCUUUGGUGCGACCGAGACUGGCCAAAAGGUGUGCGCUCAUAUCCAUGGAGCGCUGCCUUACCUGUAUUUGGAGUACAGUGGCAGUUUGGAGAGCGAGGUUGUAAAUGCGUACAUCCUCGACCUUCGUACCUCUAUUGACCACGCUCUCGCCACCGCCUACCGACGUAACGCAUACGAUGGAAAGUCGUUAUACGUUGGCCAUAUCUCCCUCGUCAAGGGCGUGCCCUUCUUUGGGUACAACGUCGGGUACAAGACUUUUUUGAAAGUCUACAUGCUCAAUCCUAUGCAUAUGACGCGAUUCACCGAUCUUCUGCAUCAGGGAGCAAUCCUGAACAAGGUGUUCCAGCCAUACGAGAGCCACCUACAAUAUCUCCUGCAAUGGAUGUGCGAUUAUAACUUGUACGGGUGUGACUACAUCAACUGCGGCAAGGUACAAUUCCGAGGACCCGUUCCAGACAGUGACGAGGUAGAUGUCACUGUGCAUAAGUGGCACGAUGCCUCUAUUCCUGAUGAAUUCAUGGCCGAUGAGGAUCAGUAUCCGCGUCAAAGCCACUGCACCCUCGAGGUCGAUAUAUGUGUUCAAGACAUCCUGAACCGGCACGAAUUACAAUAUCGACCCAUCCAUCAUGAUUUUCUGGAACGUUCAAGCCAGCUGCCUCGCAAUCCAGACGAUAAGUUUGUGCCAUCAAUGGCUGGUCUAUGGCGAGAUGAAACUCGUCGGAGAAAACGUCGCAUGGGUCUUUCGGGUCCUUCGAGCAGCCCAUUCCCUGCCGAAGUUCUCGUGUCAAUAUCAGCGGAUGAACGGGACACAAAGAAAGGUGGAUGGAUUCACGAAGAAGAAUAUCGAGAAAUUGUCGAAAACUUGAUUGUCGAGGAAAGACGAGGACAAGGAGAAGCAAGACUGGAUACCUUCGUGAAGCCCGUCGCUGGUCAAGAACACAUUAGGACUGCUGUAGAGAGCAUCGAAGAUCUCUAUCCCGAGAUUCUUUCUACACAACAACUCCCAAAUGAUGAGAACGAACUAGAUGAUGAUUAUCUGACAGAAGACGAUGGUGCGUCUGUUGGUGUUGGAGCCCGACCGGCAUUCGAUGAACCGGGACCAAACCAGCUGCACAGUGACGCCACUACUGGCGACGAGCAAAAUGAGAAUCCAAUAGACGCCGGUAAUCAGUCCAAUACUGAAGAGCAACAAUCACUGGAUCCCCUGACUGCAUCAUUACUCAAGGGCUUUAGCGACAUGGAAGCUGAAGAUGUGCUCAUCGACGAAGGCAUUGAUUUGGUCGAUCCGAACGAUGAUGGCGAACCACCCAGUAGCCCGAUAAACACACGGAAGCGCUCUCUUGAUUCUAUAGACGAACAAGACAAGAAGCGUCAACGAGUAGCGGCCGUAACGCCAGGUACCAACAAACGCGUUUCGUUUCGCAAUGCCCUUAACAAGGGUGAAGAGUCGCAUCACCCUGUUCAGGCUUCGCAAGGAAGUACUAAAGCUCAGGGCCUGGGAGGACCUACUACACUUUCGUUUCCCGUAGUGAAGAAUCCAAAUGCACCGGGGACGAUACUUCGCUUGAGCCAAUCGAGGUAUUCAAACUCACAAGAAGGACCAAAGACACCCGGACCGAAGUAUCUUGAGGCGAAAGCCUUGCAACACUCCCCUACGACUCCGUGGACGCACCAGAAGACUUCGCCUAUGAUGCUCAAUAGCAAUACCCCAAAAGCUCGCACUCAAGCAGCCUCUCUAGUGCAGCGAUUGGAAAAACUACAGAAGCACAUACAUCCUACUGUCUACUAUGGCUGUCUACCUCCAUCGGUUGAGGUUGUUGAAGGUACUUGGAUGCAUGCUGGACUCCCGCCGGUAAUCUAUCAGGAUGCCUACUACAGCGAGGACAAGGAUGUUCCGGAUCGACCGAGAAAUUAUGCGGGUAAAGAGUUCAUCCUACAGAACACUACGUUACCGUAUCUUCCUCCGUUCGACCCCACCGGUGCGUCUCUUGCCAACAUCGGAGAGUAUCCGCUUGCUGUGGUAGACAAAAACAAGGAGACUACAAUGAACCAAGCAAGGUCACGUCGUUGUGGCCUGCGUCACUGGGAGCUUGCUACACCUCCACCUACCUUCAAGGAGGUUGAGAGAUGGAACAAUCGGCGACCGAAGCCACGCAAGGUAGCGAAGUCCAAAUCCGAAGCAGACGAGCUGACGCCAGCAACAUCACGCAAGUUCAAGCCCAUGAGUCAUCUUUCACAAAUCGAAGGUCCAACACAGAAGAAUCCGCAUGGCUUCAAAUACUCUUUGAAACAAGAUACGACCAGCGUCAAGCACGAGUCUCAAUACAUGAGCAUCAUGAGCUUGGAAGUACACGUGAAUUCUAGAGGUUCUCUUGUACCAGACCCGGCUGAGGACGAGAUCCAAUGCAUUUUCUGGAGCGUGCAGGGUGAGGAAAAUGCGACUACCGACCGCCCACGUGCCGGCAUUUUGUGCUUCUCUGACGAAGACGGCAUCGCUCAACGAGUUGCUAAGCAAGCCCCAGUAGAGGUUGAAUACGAGGAAGAUGAGUUGGAUCUGAUCAACCGCGUAGUUGAUAUCGUCCGCCAGUUCGAUCCGGACAUACUCACUGGAUACGAAGUACACAACAGCUCUUGGGGUUACCUCAUAGAACGUGCGAGGAUGAAGUACGAGUACAAUCUGUGCGAUGAGAUCAGCAGGAUGAAGUCGCAAUCCCAUGGCAGGUUCGGAAAGGAGGCCGAUCGAUGGGGCUUUACACAUACUUCGACUAUUCGAAUCACUGGCCGCCAUAUGAUCAACAUUUGGAGAGCUAUGCGAGGGGAGCUAAACUUGCUUCAGUACACUUUGGAGAACGUAGCCUUCCACUUACUCCACAAGCGCAUACCACACUACCAGCAUUCUGAUCUUACGACUUGGUAUCUAAGUGGCAAGCCACGAGAUCUGGCAAAAGUGAUCGAUUACUUUCUAACACGCGUACAACUCAAUUUCGACAUUCUGGAAGCCAAUGAGACUGUGCCUCGAACUAGCGAGCAAGCUCGUCUGCUUGGCGUGGACUUCUUCGCAGUCAUCUCGCGAGGCUCUCAGUUUAAGGUAGAAUCUACCAUGUUCCGUAUCGCAAAGCCCGAGAACUUCAUCCUUGUUUCACCAAGCCGAAAGCAGGUCGGUCAACAGAAUGCGCUUGAGUGUCUACCUCUGGUGAUGGAGCCGCAGAGCGCGUUCUAUUCAAGCCCGGUGCUUGUCUUGGACUUCCAAUCGUUGUACCCUAGUGUGAUGAUCGCUUACAACUAUUGCUACUCAACAUGUCUUGGACGUAUUGUCAGCUGGCGAGGCCAGAACAAGAUGGGUUUUAUGGACUUCAAGCGCGAGCCGCAAUUAUUGGAGCUGGUGAAAGAUCACAUCAACAUUGCGCCAAACGGUAUGAUGUACGUCAAGCCAGAGAUGCGGAAGUCGCUAUUAGCGAAGAUGCUCGGUGAGAUCUUAGAGACUCGCGUGAUGGUCAAGAGUGGGAUGAAGCAGGACAAAGACGAUAAAACAUUGCAACAGCUGUUGAACAACAGGCAGUUGGCAUUGAAGCUACUAGCAAACGUCACCUAUGGAUAUGCGUCUGCGUCGUUCUCCGGUCGCAUGCCAUGUUCAGAGAUCGCGGACAGCAUCGUCCAGACUGGUCGCGAGACCCUCGAGAAAGCUAUUGCGAUCAUUCACGCAACUGAGAAGUGGGGUGCAGAAGUCGUCUACGGAGACACUGAUUCACUUUUUAUCCACCUCAAAGGACGCACCAAGGACCAGGCAUUCACCAUUGGCGAGGAAAUUGCUGCAGCCAUUACCGCAGCGAACCCACGACCGAUCAAACUUAAAUUCGAGAAGGUAUACCAUCCUUGCGUUCUACUUGCGAAGAAGCGCUACGUAGGCUUCAAGUACGAACACCGGAACCAGAAGGAGCCGGACUUCGAUGCAAAGGGAAUCGAAACAGUCCGUCGAGACGGUACACCUGCGGAGCAAAAGAUCGAAGAGAAAGCCUUGAAGCUUUUGUUCCGCACGGCAGACCUCAGUCAAGUAAAACGCUACUUCCAAGAACAAUGCGCGAAGAUCAUGGAAGGUCGCAUCAGCAUCCAAGACUUCCUCUUCGCAAAAGAAGUCAAACUAGGCACAUACUCUGAUAGAGGUGCUCCACCACCCGGUGCCCUCAUUGCCACAAAACGAAUGCUCGCCGACCCGCGUGCGGAGCCUCAGUAUGGCGAACGUGUGCCCUACGUAGUCAUCACUGGCGCACCUGGAGCCCGCCUUAUCGAUCGCUGCGUCAGCCCCGAAACCCUACUGCAGAGCGAUCAUCUAGAGCUCGACGCGGAGUACUACAUCAGCAAGAACCUUAUUCCACCACUUGAACGCAUAUUCAACCUCGUUGGCGCCAAUGUACGGCAAUGGUACGACGAGAUGCCCAAGACACAACGCAUCCGCAACGUUUCAAUUCCCAUGGCUCUCAGAAAUGAUAAAAGCAAUGCUGUUCACGCUGGUGGUAACACAUCUCUCAAGAAAACACUGGAGAGCUACAUGAAAUCCUCACAUUGCAUGGUCUGCCGUUCGAAACUCACUACUUCCGCACCAGCACAGUUUCCACGUGGCGAAGUCAAACCAUACGCCAUGCUGCCACUAUGUGUGAGCUGUCUCAAGCGCCCGGCGCAUUCGCUACUAUCGUUGAAGUAUCGCGUCUGGGAUACUGAGACACGUGUAUCACAAGUUGACAGUGUGUGCCGGCGAUGCUCAAACCUAGCCUGGGGCGAGGAAAUCAAAUGUGACAGUAGGGACUGUCCUGUGUUCUACACGCGCAUCAAGGAACGCUCAAGAUUAUCGGCAUUGCAGGAUAGUGUCUUUCCUCUCAUUGAACUAAUGGAGAAAGAGGAUGAUGAGACAUACCUGGAAAGGGAAGAAAGCAGAGUGAAAGAUGCGAGUAAAAAACUGGCUUGGUGAAGUUCUCGCCAUUAGCUUGAGUAUUGGUCACAUACAUUGAUUCCAGUGCGAGCUACUUCGAAUCCAAAAACGUAUAACAAGUCUUGAUCUUUCCACCUAUGAUAGUCAGGAUAUCUUCACCCACCAGC